AUUGUAGUGUGCGGCGGAGAGACAAAAUGGGAGUAGAAAUCGUGACCAUAACCCCGGGUGAUGGACAGACAUUUCCCAAAAAAGGACAGACAUGCGUUGUGCAUUAUGUCGGCUCACUGACUGAUGGAACCAAGUUUGACUCUUCACGGGACAGAGGCAAGCCUUUCAAGUUCAAGAUCGGCAAACAGGAGGUGAUCCGUGGUUGGGAGGAGGGGGUUGGUCAGAUGAGCGUGGGCCAGAGAGCAACCCUGACCUGCACGCCAGACUUUGCCUAUGGGAGCAAAGGUCAUCCUGGCAUAAUCCCACCAAACGCUACACUCAUCUUUGAUGUGGAGUUGAUGGGCCUGGAGUGAUGCUUGCGUGCACUUGCUACGUGUUUAAUUCCACUCAGAUUUUCAGGGUUGACUCCUUUUCUCUGGAACAUGGAGGAAAAGGCUAAAGGAGGAUUAAUGCACUUGACUCCUGUAAGAUACUCUGGUCUAUAGCUUCACCACUUCUGUCUCCUUUCCAUUUAGAUUAAAAUGUUUUUCACUUGCUAAAAAUACCAUAUCCUUGAUCUGUCUUUUAGUUAGAACACCCUAACAAGUCAUAGGCCAUACCUUUCAGAUAUCAUGUUGUUUUAUUCUGUUAUGUAUGUUUUUUAUGGUAUUGUUUCCAUUUUUUAUAAAUACUUCAAAUGUGAGUCAUGCCUACAUUGGCACUGACAGUUUUGGAUGAAGUGUCAUUACACACAUUAUUUUGAUCUCAUUCUUGUGGCUCAGUGAGUGGCCUUGCUUUAUCAACUUUAUAGAAAUGUUUAAUGUGGACUUUAUACUUAAGAAUAUGACUGCUUCUCC